AUGCAAGACUUUGUCCAAAGAAUAGUAGAGAAGCUCAGAGUGGAUGACAACCAAGACCGUGUCUCAGUGGUUCAGUACAGCAGAGAUCCAGCUGUCAAUUUCUAUCUGAACACAUACACGACAAAAGGCGAGAUCCUUGACACUGUCAGAGGUUUGAGGCACAAAGGCGGAAGACCCCUCAACACUGGAGCAGCUCUCCAGUACUUGAGGGAUAAUGUCUUCACGGCCUCUGCCGGAAGCAGGCGCCUGGAAGGAGUUCCACAGGUCCUAAUAUUGCUAAGUGGUGGAAGGUCUUUUGACAGUGUUGAUGCACCAGCCUCUGCUCUCAAACAGCUGGGUGUCCUGACCUUUGCAAUUGGAACCAAGAGCUCUGAUAGUAGAGAACUAGAGAAGAUAUCCAACGAUCCCAAUUAUGUUCUAUCUGUGUCUGAAUUCACUGACCUUCCAAGUAUCCAACAGCAACUUCAGUCCUCAGUGGAGGCUGUGGUUAUUGAAGACACCCCAGAAACACCAACUGUACUUGUUGACACUGCCAAAAAGGAUAUUGUAUUCCUUCUGGAUGGUUCUGAUAGCACAAGGAAUGGCUUCCCUGCCAUGCGUGAUUUUGUUGAGAGAGUGGUGGAGAAACUCAAUGUGGGAGGGAACAAAGACCGUGUCUCUGUAGUCCAGUACAGCAGAGAUGCAGAGGUCAAUUUCUACCUGAAAACAUACACCACAAGAGAGGAUAUUGUGGAUUCGGUUAGAGGGCUAAAACACAAAGGAGGCAGACCCCUCAACACCGGGGCUGCCCUCCAAUACGUUAGGGAUAACGUCUUUACAAACUCCUCCGGGAGUAGGAGCCUGCAAGGUGUUCCACAGAUGUUGAUCCUGCUAAAUGGUGGAAGGUCUUUUGACAAUGUAGAUACCCCAGCUUCUGCUCUCAAACAGCAGGGCAUCUUUGUGAUUGGCAUUGGAACCAGGAGCUCUGACAGUGGAGAGCUGAAGAAGAUAUCAUACGACCCUCGUUAUGCUCUAUCAGUGUCUGAGUUUACUGACCUCCCCAGUGUCCAAGAACAGCUCUCGUCUGUAAUGAGCACAGUGUUAGUGAGAGCUACACCCAUGACACCAAAAGAAACUGUGGAGAGACAGCCACCAGGAAGGGAUGUUGUGUUCUUGUUGGAUGGAUCUGAUGGUACUAGAACUGGAUUCCCAGCUAUGCAAGACUUUGUCCAAAGAAUAGUAGAGAAGCUCAGAGUGGAUGACAACCAAGACCGUGUCUCAGUGGUUCAGUACAGCAGAGAUCCAGCUGUCAAUUUCUAUCUGAACACAUACACGACAAAAGGCGAGAUCCUUGACACUGUCAGAGGUUUGAGGCACAAAGGCGGAAGACCCCUCAACACUGGAGCAGCUCUCCAGUACUUGAGGGAUAAUGUCUUCACGGCCUCUGCCGGAAGCAGGCGCCUGGAAGGAGUUCCACAGGAGCUCUGA